AUGGCAACUACAUCGUGGGAUAACGCAAGACGACAUGCAAGGGCUUUGGAGACAGCGCUAGAUAGUAAAUUAUCAACUUACUCGAAAUUGGCAGCUACGAUAGCACGUUCAGGAGGCGCAGCUGGAAGUAGUAGUAGUAGUAAAGACGCCAUAAGUUUAGAGGAAGAGGGAGACGGUAUUGGUGGAUACAAAUUAGUAGAAGAAGAGAUAGAAGAGCUAUUAGGCAAGCUAGAACAAGCAAUAGAAGAUCUGUCAACAUUGAUAAAUUCACCUUCUCAACCGCCCUCAUCAUCAAUGCAACAUGCAGCUCAGAGACAUCGAGACAAUCUGGAUGACUACAGGAGGGAUUUCCUUAGGACUAGAGGAAACGUAGAACAGAGUAUACGUCGAUCGAAUUUAUUGGGCUCAGUAAGGAAAGAUAUAAAUGAUUACAAAACAGCAACGAAUUCUCAAACGGACGCAUUGCUUCAAGAUAGAGGUAGAAUAGACUCUUCUCAUAGGAUGAUGGAUGAUACUUUGAAUCAAGCAUAUGCUACCAGAGAAGAUUUCGCUCAACAGCGUACACUGCUCGCAUCGAUCGAUUCUAGGAUGGGAGGUGUCUUAUCCCAAAUGCCAGGUAUAAACUCUUUGAUCACAGCUAUAAGAACGAGAAGAAGAAGGGAUACUUUAAUUAUGGGUUGUGUAGUUGGAGUUUGUGUAAUUCUCAUAUUAGGUUAUACAUUUGGUUUUUAG